UUUUCCUCUACUCUCUGACUUAAUCAUUUCUUUUCUUUAAGCUGAAGUUUCACAGUUUCUUUCCUUGCUUUCCGCGUUAAACUGUUUAGCAUUUACACCUCCCUUUUAUAUAUCCAGAAAAUUUUCUUUAUAUCUACAGAACAAUAUUAGCUCUGAAUCAGAAGAAGAUAUAUUCAAAAAAAACUCUUAAUUAAGCUCAAACCAGAGAAGAACAUUGCUUCCCGUGUUUUCCAUCUGCAAAAAAUUUUCAAUUAACUAAUGCGUGCAAGGUAUUUGUUGUAAUGUGUCAAUACCAACGCCACCGAAGCAAUUUUCUUGGUUCUUAACGGUUUCAUUUCUCUCUAAGCUUCUUCCUUUAUCCUCAGCCUCAAUCUUUAUCUUAAUUUAUCAUCAUCACCUCCCCUACCUUCUUAUAUACCCACUGUUUACCCCACUUUGAUUUUCUCCUAACUCCAUUCUUGAACAGAGCGUAACAGUUUUAAAGCUUGGUUUUUUUAGCUGAAAAUUACAUUUUAUCAGUUGCCCAUUUGCAAUCUUCGAUCCAUUUCUUGCUUCAAAGUUGGGGGAAUUUAUGAAGUACGAUUUUCUUGGAUAAAGCUUGGAUCUUCUCUAUUUCUAGAGAUUUAUAAGUGAAUUGAGAUUUGAUAUUGAGAACAAUAUGGGAGGACAUUUGAGCAAAAAGCCUGGUGAGACUUCAGCUGCUAUCAACAAUCUGCAGUACAAAAUCGAGCUGAAUUCAUAUGAAGCCGCGUGCAGGGCUGACACAGAUUUACAGUCAUUUGAUUCAACUCUACAAGCUAGAACCAGUCAUAUUAUCAAUACCCUUGCUGAUGGGGUUGAAGUUAGAGCACUUUCUUUUGAUUCUUUGAAGGAAGUCACUGGUUGCCUUUUGGAGAUGAAUCAGGAAGUUGUGAAGGUAAUAUUGGAUUGCAAGAAAGACAUAUGGAAGAAUCAAGAAUUGUUUGAGCUGGUUGAGGAGUAUUUUGACAAUAGCCUCAAAACUCUUGAUUUCUUGGCUGCUUUAGAGAAAUGCCUAAAACGAGCUCGGGAUAGCCAAUUGCUGAUUCUUGUAGCACUUCAACAAUUUGAAGAGGAAAGUGGGGUUGAAGGGAAUAAAUACACUAAGACUUUGGAGGAACUGAAGAAUUUCAAAGCUGCAGGGGAUCCUUUCACAGAAGAGUUUUUCCAAAUAUUCCAGUCUGUUUAUACACAGCAAAUGCUGAUGCUCGAAAAGCUGCAGCUGAAAAAGAACAAGCUUGAUAAGAGGCUUAAGUACAUUCAUGCUUGGAGGAAAGUGUCAAAUAUUAUAUUUGUGGCUACAUUUGCAGCUGUUUUGAUUUGCUCAGUAGUGGCUGCUGCUAUAGCUGCUCCUCCGGUUGCAUCUGCUCUGGCUGCUGCAACGUCGAUUCCAUUAGGCUCAAUGGGCAAAUGGAUAGAUUCCCUUCUCAAGAACUAUGAAAAUGCUCUGAAAGGACAGAAAGAAUUGAUCAACACAAUGUAUGUUGGUACUUUUAUCACAAUUAAGGAUUUGGACAGUAUCAGGGUGCUGAUUGAUCGACUGGAAAUCGAGAUAGAGUCCCUGUUGAAGAAAGUUGAGUUUGCUAUUGAUGAAAAUGAAGUUAAGAUUGGUAUAGAAGAGAUCAGGAAAAAACUUGAUGUUUUUAUGAAGAAUGUUGAAGAUCUUGGAGUGCAAGCUGAUGUUUGUAGCAGGGAUAUUCGUAGGGCAAGGACUGUUAUCUUACAAAGGAUCAUCAAGCCCCCAAACCACUGAAGACACUGAAGGUUACUGCAUGCUAAAAUUUGCCUUAGCAGCACUGAACAUUUAUCUGCUUUUCAUAGUUUGUGAUGUUAAAUAUGUGAAACUUAAUCUGAAACAUAUAUCAUGGUUAAAGGACUCUUUAGUCUUCACACCAUGAAGAAUAAAUUUAUUGGAUUCUUUUUUAAGGUAUAUCGAUUACUUUUUUAAUUUGUUAUUCGUUUAUUCCUUUACAUGAAUAAAAAUAUAUUAAAUUACUUUCCCAA